AUGCUGUCCUUUUCCCAUUCGUCGCUGUUUCAACGCGGCCGCAAGGACCGGGAAGCCGCCGCCAGCAACCACGACAAUGAGAUUUUAGCACGGGGCGGGCGUGAUCCCCGGGACCAAAAGUCCUCCUACAACAUGCCCGCUCCUCCUCCGCCCGACAACGACCGACCGACCUCCUCACAACUGCUACCCGACAUCCACGAGGAUGCUACCCAACCCUUCUCGUCCCUGUUCGGCCCUUCGUUCGACAGGGCCACGGUGGAGUCGACCGCACAGCUAGCCGAUAGCAGCAUCUUCAUCACGUCGACGGGUAGCCGCUUCCGCCUCGAGCGCAUCGACGCAGAGCACACCCCUAAGCCGCCGCCGCCGCAGCAGCUCUCGGCGAGCUGGGGGUCGAGUCGGCCAUCGGAAUUGCAGGCGCGACCCACGCACAGAUCCACGCCACCAACGGUCGCACAGUCCCUUCCCGCCGAUUCCCCACUCCGCCCGCCGCAUCAAUCAUCCCCAACAUCAACGACAUCCGCAACCGCAGCGUCGCCAAUACAUAGAAGUGCAGUAUCACCGUACACUGGAUCUCUGUCAGAGGGCGAGGUGUUUAGCUCGGACAGCGCAGGCCCCGACCAUGCUAUAAAUGGGAUGGGGGCGCUGAGCUUGGGCGAGGAUGGGUUUGGGGCGACGGCUUUGUUUACACAUUCUGACGGGGGUGCACAAGCUGCCGAGGUCCUGACCGACUCCCAGUCGGCGGAGAGGUUGGCCAUUGGAGGAGAAUAUGUCAGCGGCUUGGACUCGCGGCCAUUAUCACCACCGGACUCGGAGUAUACAGACUACUCAAGGAUUCGCAGCACGUCAUAUCAUGGAGAGAGCAGCUCGUCGCGGUCACAGGAAGACUAUCUAAGCAGAUCGUUCACGCAACCGGACCCGUUCUCACCACCCGCCUAUGCGCCUUCACAAAUCCCGGGGUUCCAGUCACCCCAAGAGAAGGCAUCCGCUUCGGCACGGAGCUCGUCGUUGCCUUCCCUAAUGGAGCAUUCGAACCCGGUCGCACUAGGGACGUCGCAAGCACCUCAGACGAUACCUGCCUCACCACGUUCGACAGUGACCAGCGUUGGUGCAGGGUCGAUCGCGCCGGCUUCCAGUGAUCCCGAGGAAGUGGGUGGUUACUUUUACGAUACACAAACACCUAUAGUGGUAGGACCUGACGACCCUCCACCUCCAGUGCUUGCUCGUUCCAGCACUGCGCAGUCGGUACGGACCCCGCCAGACAGCUUAAGCGCUACGCGGGAUAAUGUAUUACCGGGAGAGGACGUGUUGUAUGACGGCGCCGUCAAAAGCGCACACACCCUGACCGGACCAUUCGAAACCGGCCAUUUGAAAGUAUUCCGGAAUAACCUGAACCAUGACCUCAGGUUCCAUUGCAAAGUGGGCAACAACACCGAGAUACACUGGAUGAAGGGCAUCAAGGCAAAGAUGGUCCCGUUUUACGCAUACGACCAGCGUUCCGGCAACAUUGUCAUGAUUCGUGACGGUGACGAGAGGAGCAAACGGCAGGGUUCCGUAGCGUCACAGGCUGCGGCAUACAGCAACGCGGCCAGCGCUAUCUACAGGUUCGACGUGCCCGACGACCUGUUCAAGUUCCAGUCACAACUGACGGGCGAGUCGGUGAUCUUGGACAUAUCAUCAGUCAAGUGGAUCCGGCUGGCGCGCGCGAACAGCCGAUCGGUUGAGAUGUACAGCUCGGUGCGGUUGCAGAUUUGGCACGAGCCGCGGUCGCGGCGGGCGGCGCAAAGUGACGUCGCGUCCUUCGUCACGGCCGGCACAGCGCUAUCCGGACCUCUCAGAGACAGGACGACGCCCAGCUCGUCACGGUUAAUGGUGUUUCUUGGUCGGGCGGAAGCGUACAUUACUGCCUUCAUCACGGACGACGUGGAGAUGGAACCGAGGGGACACACAUCUGCCAGACUGAAGCCGAGAAAGUACGGAGGAAUACAUAAGCGGAACUCGAGACCAGGUAUAAGAGCUCGACUUGAACAGAAAACCGGGGGCGACGUAGCCAGCCUUGAUAUAAAUGGAGAGCCGUGCAACUCAGAUGUUGAGCAGGGCUUCGAGCUAUAUAAGACAUUCGAAAUCGAAUUUGAGAGUGAGCCGAGCCAAGUUAGCUUCUGCUCUGCUUGGGCCGAGGUAAUCCGAGAGCGGCGGGCUCAGCGGGAGAGGUUACGCAAGAUCCAAGAGGACAUGCGUAAGGAGACUUUUUCGCCUAAGGAGGCGCUAUCUAUCUUAACAUGA